AGAUGAAUUUUUAUGGUAUGAAGGUGAUCUUAAUACUGAAAAUAUUUUAAAUAUUUUAGAUGUUAUGAAUGAAACAUCUGAGGUGGGGUGGGCGUUAGAAGUUGAUGUUACAUAUCCUCAAUCAUUACAUGAUGAUUACAAUGAUUUACCGUAUCUACCUGAGAGGAUAAUCCCACCUGGAUCAAAAAUCAAAAAACUUGUCGCUAAUUUACAUUCGAAAAGGAAUUAUGUUAUACAUUACAUGGCUUUGAAGCAGGCUCUGAAAGCGGGGUUGAUUUUAGAAAAGGUGCAUAGAAUUUUAAAAUUCAACCAAUCACCGUGGCUCGCAAAAUAUAUUGAAUUGAAUACGAAUAUGAGAAAGAAUGCAUUAAAUAACUUCGAGAGAGAUUUUUUUAAAUUAAUGAACAAUGUAGUAUUCGGAAAAACAAUGGAAAACGUCAGAAACAGAAUGAAGAUGCAACUUGUUUCUGAUGAAAAAAAAUGUGCCAAAUUAAUUAAUCGAAAUACGUUUAAGGAUAUUACAAUAUAUAACAAUAAAUUAGCAGCAAUACAUUUGAACAUGGAUGUAUUACAAUUUGAUAAGCCGAUAUAUGUAGGGUUUUCGAUUUUAGAUUUAUCAAAAACAUUAAUUUAUGAUUUCCAUUAUAACUAUGGUUGAAAACUAUGGUUCAAACAUUCAACUGAUGUAUACGGAUACUG